CGAGCUGAUUUUGUUCCUUUCCCCAUCAUAUAUAUACUUCAUAUAUGACUUUAAUUUUUGGCGUAAUUUCCGAUUGCUAAGGUUCCUUCUUAUGGCUAUUGUUCUGUUGUGUGGAAAUAAAGUAUGUACACCAGGUGUUUGUGAAAUUGUACAUUAGGUUCUCACACCAAACAUUUUGGCAUUGGGUCCACGGCAUGCUGAUGAAUCCACAAGCUUUAAUAUGAUACAUCAGGUGCAUGGGGGAUGGAUGAUUGUUGAAUGUCUUAUCAUGCAAGUGCUGAUUCUUUUUUAUUUUUGGUUGGGAAAACAGUCCAAUAUAUCUUAAAUAUGAAAGUUAUAAAUUGUUAUUUUAGACACGAGCAUUUAGAUACCAUAUGAAGUUUGAGAUAUGAACCACAAGAUUUCAAAAAGGAUAACACAGUAUGAGCCCAUAUAAUUGCCAUGACAAAGCAAUUUGCUGCAUUGGUAGAAAUUCAUUUCUUUCCAAAGAAAUUUUCUGAGAAUAAUUAGCUGCAUUGUCUUGCAAAAGAUGGGAUAGAAAAGAAGUGCACCAGCUAAAAGUUAUCUUUUAUCAACUGCAGACACUUUAUGGUGAACAAGUGUUGAAAUGCAUAGAUAGUGAAGUGGAUAAAUCACAGAAAUGAGAAGCAAAGAGAUGAAGGGAUUUCUGUAACAGUAAACAUAUUUUCAUAUAUCAGUUUAGUUACUAUCCUUUGAGAGAUAUAUAGAAGUGUACGAGAAAAGUUGGUUGGAGAAUUCUGGGUGGAAAGAGGUUUGGUAAGUAUGUUGUUCGCUGAUCUACCGAGUUGAUAUGAAGCAUUGCAAUUUCAUUUGACUUGACAUGUUGAUUUAUAAAAUGAUAGUCGAUUUCUAUGUGUUUAGUCAUGACAUGGAAGACCAGAUUAUGUGCAAGUAACAUUGCUGAUGUAUUGUCAUGGUAGAGAUUGUUUUCAAUUGUUUGUGAACUUGGAAUUCCCCCAGCAGACGUCGAAGCCAGAUGACAUCUGAUGUUGCAGAGGCUAGAGCUAGGUAUUCUGCUUCAGAGUAUGAUUUUGCUAUGGUGACCUGCUUUUUGACGCUCCAAGAGAUUAGGUUGUUACCUAGAAAGGUGCAGAAUCCAACAGUAGAUAUUCUAUCGGAUGUAUCAGCCGCCUAGUCCACAUCAGAAUACGUGUGGAGUUGAAGAUCACUAGAGAAAAUGGAAAGAUCAUAUUUAAUUGUGCCAUGAAUGUACCAGAAUAAGCCUCUUGAGGGAUUGAUAGUGUUGAUUUGUUGGAUUGUGCAUAUGUUGGCAUAUCUGAUUUGUGGCAAACGCAAUGUCUGGUCUUGUAAUGGUGAGAUACUGUAAGGAGCCUGCUAGACGAUGGUAUAGAGUUGGAUCGCUGAAUGGAUGAUCAGCUUGCUAGCAUUGAGAUGGCUUGAGGGACAUUGGUGUGAGAGAUGGUUUGCAUGUUGCGAAGCUGGAUGAGUUGAGCAGGUCAUGAGAAUACUGUGUUUGAUUUAAGAAAUAGCCUUGUGGAGUGUGACAAACCUUGAAAUAGAAAAAACUGGACCGAGGUCUUUGAGCGAGAAGAUUGUUUGGAGCUUGAAGAUGAGCUGUUGGAUUGUUGUUUGAUGAUUUCUAGUGAUUAGAAGGUCACCCACAUACAUUAUUAGGUACAUUUGAAUGUUUGUAUUUGAAACGUUAAGUAAAGAGGGAUCAGAUUUGCUGAAAUUGAAGCCAAAGUUGAGAAGAAAUGAGGUGAAUUUGGUAAACCGUUGUCUUGGAGCUUGUUUAAGACUGUACAUGGCUUUAUGUAGCUUACAGGCAUGAUUGAGAAGUUGAUAGGAAACACUUGAAGAUCUCAAGUAAUUCCUAUCAAUCUUUAGAAAACAGCGAAAAUCUUCCACAAAAAUCCACACAAAAAUAGGAAAAUAGUAGAUAUUUUGUAUUAUUUGAUGAAAUAUAAACGAAAAAUAGCAUGAUACAGUUGAUCCUCAAUUCAAGAGGAGGAUUGAUCUCUCCCAAAUUCUCUAGACGCCGCCAGAGCCCAAAGGAAACUUAAACCUAAGAGAUAUCAAAUUUCAGCUAAAUUCAAGACGCUCUAACCCUAGUUAAACAAAUUUUUUAAUGCAUACAAUUCAAAAGAAAAUAUCUAAACAGUCCCUACAUUCAAUUUCCCUACUAAACUUCCUUCUAAAUCCUUCCUAAAUGGCCCUGUAGAAAGAGGGAGGUCGGAUCCCGUGUACUGGAGGCGGAAGAGUUCCGCCUCUUAUCUUUGUGAGCUGGUCCCGUAUGGACCAGUCUAACAAUACUCCCCUCUCAAAGACCCACUUUGUCCGCAAGGUGGAAAGAUGACACCCUCCUCCAUUCCUUCUUCAUCACAAAUGGUGAGAACCUAAAGAGUUCGGUCCUUAUACCAGUGCUCUGGCGUAUAUCUCUCGUCACAUUUGAAACAGAGCCCCUUCGCCCUUUUCUCCUGUAAUUCUGUCUCUGUGAGCUUCUUGAAGUUGUCACCAGGUCUUCCUCCUGCAGCAUUUUCCUUCAAAGUCCCCCGAAGAGUAUCCGAUGUUGGCUCCUUGGAUUUUAAUAAGGUGGUGGUCAUCCUGUACAGGCCUCCUGAGCUGCUGCCUUCUGUCUCUCUCUCCAGCUGCCUCUGAUCUUCUACCAAUUGAGCUAGCUCCAUGGACUUUCCCAAGUCACAAGGCCUCAUUACUCUAACCUCUACCCGGAUCUCUGGUGUCAAUUCCUUCAUGAAGUUUUCCUCUAGCAUUGUCUCAAAAAAAGGCGGUCCAAUUGGCUAGCAAGGUACUCGAACCUCUCUCGAUACUCUAUCAUUGAACCAUCCUGCGUCAAGGCAAAUAACUGCUCGUAGAAGUCUCCUCCCCUUCCGGUUCAUAAACGUUCUAUCAAACAAUCCUUGAAUUCCCUCCAACUCCAUUUGGGUCGUCAUAUGUCCCUCCAUUGGUACCAAGCCAAAGCUUUCCCUUCCAAACAUAGGCUUGCUGCCGUCAAUCUCUCCUCCUCCAUCAACCCAUUGAUGGUGAAAUAUCUUUCAACUUUGUAGAUCCACCCGUGCGCAUCUUCCCCCUCAAAGAUUGACAUCUUCAAUUUGGAUGUGAUGUAGUUCAUUCUUGAGCCAAAUGACUCGAGAUCUAUUGGUGGGUUGAAGUCAUAUUUCCAGGGUACUCCGGAUUUUGUGAGCAGUUGUGAGGUUAAUAAUGUGUGACAGAAUCGAAGGAGAUAUGGUGGAGAAUAAUGCUGAGACCAGAUUCUGGUUGAUAAGUUGCUAGAGAUGGUAAUCAGAGUUGGUAGAGGUUUCACUGGUGGAGGAAGAUAUCAAUAAUUCAGGAGGACAAAUCUGUUUGCCAGUUAAGUACCCUUCAAAUCCAGUUGUAGAGAACUUUUUGUAGAUUUGAAGUAUCCAAAUUGAGUGGUUAUCAUUGUUAAGCUGAAGAUUAACAAAGAGCUUAAGAUUUGACAUGAGAAAUUUGAGUGGAGAGAGUGGUGAAAUCUGCCAUGGAAGAAGAAAGUGACGAGGUUGGGGGAGCACUUGAGGAAGAAACUUGAUCUGCCAUUGAAGACGAAAAACUAAAGCAGCAAUGAUGCUUUAAAGCUCUGAUACCAUGUAGAAAUGCAUAGAUAGUGAAGUGGAUAAAUCACAGAAACGAGAAGCAACGAGAUGAAUUGGUUUCUGUAACAAUAAACAUUUUUUCAUAUAUCGGUGUAGUUACAAUCCUUUGAGAGAUAGAUAGAAGUGUAGGAGACAAGUUUGUUGGAGAUUUCUGAGCUUCAAUUAGGAGCAUGUCGCAAGUGCAGAGAGUGGAGCAGUGGCAGAAUGCAGAGAUGGUGGAGGUCGGUGGUCCACAGUAUGGCUUGCAUAUCAUGUGUGCUAACAAGGAGCACCCCAAAGGUUUUGGUAUGACUUGCCUUUAUUUUGGAAUUAUUUCUUAACCAACCAAAUGGCCAGAGGAUUUAUAAAAUUCUUUUAGCAAACGAAUGCUUUGUUCGUGAGGUUGAUCUGAAUUGAAAGAUUGAAUCUAGGAUUGUAGGGGUUUUGAUGAUUCUUCUGAGAAUGAUUGAACUUGAAAAUGAUGGCUCCCAUUGAUUUAGAAAAUCCAUUUUCAGCAUUCGCAUCAAUGUCUAGCUCUAUUAGGUUUGUAAAUCUGAAGCUUAGAUUUUUAUUAUCAUAAGAUUUGCUCAUUAUGCUUUUCAAUGGUUUGCUGCAAUUACUUCUGGCAUGACAAUGAUAGGAGUAUAUGGUUGAACUAGGCAAUUUGGCAGAUCAAGUUCGCCUAUUCAUGCAUCUCUCUUUAUUUUAUACUGUAGUAUUAUAUAUAUGAAAUUUAAUGGUCUUAUUGCCAAAAUUACGUAGAAAAAGAGGUAAGCAAUCUAUUUAAUUUAUUUGGGGUACUUAGGCUUGCUUUUGCUAUUAUAUCAAAUAAAAUCAGAUACACUCGCAUAGAUUUUUAAUUUGCUCCAUAUAUCAGCUCAUCUAUUCAUAGUCAUAGAGAAGAUGCGCAUGCAAAAGAGGGAUUUUCUAUGAACAUUUUCGCAUCAAAUUUAUAUGCUUUCUAAAAAGCUAACAGAAAAGUUGCACAAUAUGCAGCCUAAGUUUUGAUGAAUUGGUGCUGAAAGGAGAGGUAAUUGGUGGCAAUGCCGACAAGUUGAAGGGUAAAAGGAAAGCUAUUGGGAAAUGUUGGGUGAUUAGUGCCUCCUUGGCUUGUAAAGAUUACUAAGAGAAUUUGUGAUUAUACAUCAUUAUUCCCAUCAUCUAUCAACCAUGUUCUUAUAAAUGAAUAUUUGCCCGAUCAGGGCAUAAUGCCACACCAGGAUGGUCCAGCCUACUUUCCUGUCGUUUCAAUCUUGUCCCUUCAAGCACCUGUUGUGAUUGAUUUCACUCCACACCCAAAAUGGAGAGAAUGUAGUGAGAGGGAGAGAUUAAGUAGUGAAGGUCUAAGUACCUCAGGACAAACAUCCGAAGUUGCUAUGGAUGGAUUUUUGAAUGAGUCCUCAUUCAGUUUGAAAGAUGAUCAAUGCUCUCUACUGUUGAUGCCAUGCAGCCUAUUGGUAUUCAAAGACCAGGCUUACUCAGAUUACCUUCACGGCAUACAGGAUUCCACUGUGCACAGUCUAGACAAUGUUAUAAAUGUUUCUGAGUGCAUGAAAUUAGAAGAGUGGAAGGAAAGCCAUCUUACAACUAAUGGAAAAACGCAAGAACAUUGCUUUAACCGAACUUCCACAAGGGUUUCGUUGACAUGCCGCCUGGUGCCGAAAGUUCGCAAGAAUAUGUUCAAGUUCUGAUAUCUUCAUUAAAACAUUUUGACGUAGGUUUGUGGCAUCACCCGAAUGGCCCUUUUGGUUAAAUAUACAACUCAUUUGUUCGAGGAGCAUAUAGGUGAAUUUAUUUUUCUUCUAUUUUUCUUACUUUUAACUGUAAUAAGGUCAGUUCAUCAUUGAGGUCCAAACUGGUAUGUCUGAUUUUCGUGUGAAUCAUUCGGUCCUGAGAAUCAUAUACAACUCUAAUACUCUAUUGAUGUUUUAAGACUUCUGAUUGAAGCUUUGCUUA